AUGGGACUUCCCAUGCUUUACAGAUGGCUUGUAUUCACAGUAGUGGUGCCCACCUGGCUGCUCGCUGCUCCAAGCGCCAUCCGUGAGCGUCCCUGCCCCCAGAGCUGUAGAUGUGAUGGGAAAAUAAUAUACUGCGAAUCCAAUGCCUUCCGUGACGUGCCAAGCAAUGUGUCUGUAGGCACACAGGGUCUGUCCCUGCGCUACAACAGCCUCAUGGACCUCAGAGCUCACCAGUUUGCAGGGCUGAGUCAACUGGUUUGGCUCUACCUUGACCAUAACUACAUCAAUGCUGUGGACGGCCAGGCUUUCCACGGGAUACGCAGGCUCAAAGAACUGAUUCUGAGCUCGAAUAAGAUCACACAGCUAGAAAACAAUACUUUCCAUGACGUUCCCAAUUUACGCAAUCUUGACCUUUCCUACAAUAAACUGCAGGUUCUCCAACCCAAGCAGUUCGUGGGUCUACGGAAGCUGCAGAGUUUACACUUGAGGUCAAAUUCCUUAAAAACUGUCCCAAUGCGAGUUUUCCUUGACUGUCGCAACCUGGAGUUUCUUGAUAUCGGCUACAACAGGCUACGGAGCCUCACACGUAAUGCCUUUGCAGGGCUCCUUAAACUCAUCGAGCUUCAUUUGGAGCACAACCAGUUCUCAAAGAUAAACUUUGCUCAUUUCCCUCGCCUGACUAACCUGAGGGCGCUCUAUUUACAAUGGAACCGUAUCAAGCUGCUAACCCAGGGCCUGCCGUGGAUGUGGACUUCCUUGCAAAAGCUGGAUCUUUCGGGAAAUGAACUCCAAAUGCUGGAGCCAAGUACAUUUCAAUGCCUCCCUAAUCUUCAGACACUUAAUCUGGACUCCAACAAACUCACCAAUGUGUCUCAGCAGACGGCGGAGACUUGGAUCUCCCUCACUACCAUCAGUCUGGCUGGUAAUUUGUGGUACUGUAACCCUAACAUAUGUCCCCUGGUGGCCUGGCUCAAGGCCUUUAAGGGUAACAAGGAGACCACUCUGAUUUGUGCCGACCCUAAGGAGGCACAAGGGGAGAAAGUGACUGAUGUGGUGGACACCUAUAAAAUCUGUACAGCGACACCGAGUCCCAUCCCCUCGACAACAUCGCCCCUCACUUCUGCGUUUCCAGCCGAGUUGCUGCCUCUUUCUACGCUGUCUGUGGUGGACAAGAAGCUGACCUGGAACAGGACAGACUCCCCAGCUCCGUCCGAGGUCUCCCCCACUAUCCCCCUGCCAGACACUGAGUACGUGUCCUUCCACAAGAUCAUAGCUGGUAGCGUGGCUCUCCUCUUAUCCGUGGCUAUUAUUCUGCUGGUGAUCUAUGUCUCAUGGAAGCGCUAUCCCAGCAGUAUCAAGCAGCUUCAGCAGCGCUCAACGGUUAAAAAGCGGCAGAAAAAGGCUCGGGAGACUGAGCGCUCCCUUAAUUCCCCCCUGCAAGAGUACUAUGUGGACUACAAACCUUCACACUCAGAGACUAUGGAUGUGCUGGUUAAUGGGACAGGACCUUACACAUACACCAUCUCAGGCUCCAGGGAAUGCGAGGUAUGACCGUUGCCCUCCAAAAAUCCAUUUCCACUGCGAGGCAUGAGAGAUACCACGGCAGCUGAGUGCUCUGACGUUGUACAGGUGUGAGCAGUCGCUUCUGGAUUACUGCCAUGCCCACCUGUCGCUGCAGCUCAACGUGGGCAUGGAGCCCCCAACUCAGGCGCCUGGAGAUCCGGGGCCAGCCGGGUACCACCCGGGCCUAAUCCCCUCCAAGCCUGCGCUGCCUUGCCCCCAGACCCACUCCCUCCACCAGUGAGCUGUGCACACUGUGAUUCACUGUGUCCAAAAUACUGUACGUGUGCUGCACACAACCAGUGGACCACCCAAAAUGAGACACCAGGCUGCGUUGGAGGGAACUGGGACUGGUACUGAAGCAAAAGAGACAAUUCAUGCAAUCCAGAGCAUCCUGGAACUAGGGUAAUGAAAAUAGAAAUUAUUCUCAGUGGAAAUAACGGGGUAGAGCGGUAUUGAUUAGUGAGCAUAUGACCUGCUUGACCCGCAAUGUCCUCAAUUAGUAAGGAGGCUGAACAGCAGCAUGACUUUCCACGUUCUGCUCUGCCUCUUGAGGAGUAUUAAGGAUAAUAAUUGAAUGAUUCUUUAAUCUCAUUAAACAUAUUUCCUCAACCUCUCCUAAUCUGGGCACCUCUUGGCUACGUCAGGUAAAGUAAUCAAAUGCAAAAUGCUAUAAACAGAGCAGGGAAACAGCACGAUAAGCAAAUAAGUAGCAGAACAAAUGAAAGAUCAGCCAAGCUAAGACGUUUUCUGCUGCUUUUUCUAAUCACGCUGUCAGUAAGAGGUCCCUCCCUGACUCAAGUCCCUGUAGCGUUUUUCAACUUGAGAAAUGAGCCACUCAAAUGAAAUUACCCGAGACGAGAGAAACGAGUCAGAAAAAAGUGGACACUAAUUGUCAAAUACAAUGUACAGCCUAUACAUCUUGCUGGCAGUAAGUAUAAAUUACAUGGUGACUUUUGAUUUCUUUAAUGAUUUGUGAUGUGGAUCACAUUAUGAUUCAUUUAAUCAAGCUGAGAGACGAACAAACGAAAAAUAAACACAGAGAACAGAUCUUGCUGCGCUGGGCCGUGCAGAUAUUUACUUUCAUCAACCAUUUUAAUCACUUGUAGUUAAUGGUUUUUGUUCUUGAAAAUGUGAUAUUCAACCAAUUAUCUGAUUGUGCACUCAUAUACCCACAUGUGUGCUUUUUACGAGAUGUUAUAUGAUAAUAUUUGGUAAAUAAACUGUGUUAAGUGACCAGUAACAGUAUCUUUCAUCACGAUCAGUGGUAUCAGCCCAAACAACUGUCUGCUGUAUUUAGACAGUGCGUAGGUGGCUGGAGCGACUGAAGAGCACAGCACUGAAGGCAAGACUGUAUAAUAAUGAUGCCUGAGUGAUCAAGACCCUGAUGGUAACUUUCACAUGCUUUUUUCCUCCUCCUGUGACUGUCUGUGACUGUUAUCUGAUGUAAAACAGUGUAUUCAACUCAUGGGCUUUUAUACCAGGGAAGCAGCCUGUGUACAACACGGUACCCAAUUAAGGUUUUGGAUAUUAAUAGACAGCGACUCCAUGUUCUUCACACAUGCACAAUACAGUGUGCCAUUAAAAGUUAAAAGAUAAAAUUGGAACAUUUGUCAGCAGGGAAUUGACCGCUAGCUAAACCAUUCUCCUCCAGUAGUCCAGUCAUAGCGGAUCUUUCAAGGUUUAAAUGUCCGCACAUGUUGAAACAUUGUGCCUGGAGCUGUAAUGCACCAUAUCAGAGUUAGAAAAGUUAGAAAGCUCAAUUUAGUUUUAAAAAACCCUGAAACACAAGGGCAAAAAUGUCCCCAAAAAAUCUUCAACUGUGUUUUUAUCUGCUAUAUUUUAAGCAAAAAUGCAAAUGUUAGCAUGCCUGGCUAAAAAGCUUAUUAGCUAGACAGGUACCGAUCAUACUUCAAAGGCCAAGGAGCUUUUUAUUAGUUAACUAAGAUGGAGUCUACUUCCUCCCACUAUUCAGAAAACAGGCCAGAAAUAUCCCAGAUAUGAACGCUGCCAUCUUGUACCAAGGACAUCAUUUGUAGCCAGAGUCUACGCAUUCACGUUGAUACACUCGCAUGACGAAUCAAGAGUCAGUCUUAUCUGUCAGUCAUGAUGUUUCACCCCAAUAGCAUCAAAUAACAAAAUACAACCAUAUGCCAGAAAUAUGAGCAUUUGAACAAGCAUCAGUGUUAUAAGAGCUACCUAAAAUGACCAAAACCAUCUUUGAGAAAAAUGUAUUUGACUUUUUAGUUUGAUCCAUGUCCCAGCCACUAAUAUGGAGGAGGCAAGGUUUAGGGCCUAUACUGCAGUUGUAUUUUGGCUUCACUUUUGUAAGCUGUCAUGUCGUCCAUCUUUUCUUUACAGUGUAGGGUAUUUACCCUCUGCAUGGAAGCCAGUCUUGGAUGCUGACACAGUGGGGUAACGUUAGUAGCUCUGUCCUCCCGGUAUUUUUCAACAGCUGUUGUGCUGUUGGAUUUGGGGACAUCAUACAGCUACAUCUACCAAAUCCUUUACCAGAGAGAUCAUCAUUUUCAGCACCGUCCUCUUCUGAAAACACUUUUAAGGUUAAAAGUGACACAUACUUUACUUCACACAAAUUCAAAAAUACAAUCAAUAAAGCGUAAAUCAAACUUAUGUCUUGCUUUGCAUAGCCAACACUGUUAUGUUAGUUUUGUUAUAAAAAUACCUAAUAUACCCAAGACAAGGGCUAACUUGAUAAACUUUGAGAUCUACAAAAUCUUUUGAUUUCUACAUUUGCAUCGAUUAUUUGCUGGAUAUUAUUAUUAUUAUAUUAUUUUUGGGAUAUGUAUACAAUCAAAUUUGCAAUAACAUUUAAAUGAUGCUAACAACAUAAUUUCAACAGGGAAAAAUCAAUAAUCACCGUAACGACAUGAGAGGCUUAUUUUGUGUUCUACUGUUUAAAUCAACAUCAAACAUUACUAAGAAUUUUGGCAAUUAAAUCUGCCCCAUUAUCACUGUAAAGUUUAGCAAGCGGUCAAUUACAUGGUGCUAAAUGUCUUUUUACAAUGUUUCUUUGGUCAUCAAACAAAAUGCUUAUGAACAUGUGACAUAACAGAUUCAAUAUCUUUAAACUUGAUAUAUUUAUUACAUAUUUGCUUUUUUUAAUUUUAUAGAGAAUUAAUUUCCUUGUAUUUCCUUAGGGGGACAUAACAUGUUGAGGGAUGUACAAUAUUCUGCUACAUUUUGAGGUCAUUGUCAAAGCUCUGUCAAUCAUGCAUAAAGUGUAAUCUGAAUAUUUUGAAGCUGAUUGUGUCCGACAUCAUAAUUACAAAUGAAUGAAGCUUUGACUGUGUGCAUAAUUGUAUGUCAGAUUUUCAAUGAAUCUUCAACAACA